ACUCAUGCAAGUACGUGAUAGCUGUAGGCCUGGAACGAAAACAUUUUAUUGAUCUCCUUUUUGUGUUUCGAUUUCAAUCUAAAUUUAAGCAUUGCUGUUUUUGUAACAACUUUCAGCAUCACUUGCACUGUUAGGAUUUUUUUUGCAUUUUAGCGGAGUCUGGACUGCUUUGCGGACGUUUAUGUGCAAGCGAAUGCAAAUUCUCCGACGUACGCUCAGCAGUAUGGCAGCGAGAAGAAAGAACUCAGGCAUUGACCCUUUCGAUAUUCCUUCGUGGACAGAUACCCUAAAAACCCUUGGCGUACCGCAUCAUUUCACGAAUGGGAACGGCGUCCAUCUUAACGGGAACGGCAAAGUUCCUUCCAAGCCCGUGGGAUCUAUGCUAAAGUUAGAACUCAACGAAAAAAUCUCCGUAUGGCAAGGUGAUAUUACGGAAAUACAGACAGACGCCAUCGUAAACGCUGCCAACAAAUCUUUGCUCGGUGGAGGAGGAGUUGAUGGCGCUAUCCAUGCUGCGGCUGGACCGGAGCUUCGGGCGGAAUGUGCAUCGUUACACGGAUGCCUCACUGGCGAGGCAAAAAUGACGAAAAGUUACAGGUUACCAUGCAAAUAUGUCAUUCAUACGGUGGGGCCAAUUGGUCAGAAGCCCGAUAAACUGCGGAGCUGCUAUUGGAAUUGUUUAGAACUUCUAAAAGAACAUGAACUAAGAACAUGCGCCUUUCCUUGCAUUUCCACCGGUGUUUAUGGUUAUCCCAAUGAGGAGGCAUGUCAUAUGGCUGUGGAGACGGUACGGAAGUGGCUGGAGAUGGACGAUAAUAGCUCAUUGGUGGACCGAAUCGUCUUUUGCGUCUUCCUAGAUCUGGAUGUGGACUUGUACGAAAAAAUUCUCCCGGAGUAUUUUCCGCCUGAAUGAAUGGAUAUUGCGAAUGGAGUUGAUAAAACGUGUUCCAUACGAGCCUAAAGAGUUUUCGCUGCACAACUUUAUUUCAGCACAUGUUUAGGUUUUCCGCUGUAUCUCAUAGUUAAGGUACAUGCUUUUAACUGUAAACAGAAUUUCUGGUGAUCAUUUAUUUACAGGGAAUGUUCGUGUAAUAAUGCAGAAUUCAGUUUUUGUGUUCACAAUGUUCUAAUUGUGGGUUGUGCUAAUCCAUAAAGCCCAUAUCGCUUACGAAAAUCAGCGAAAGUGGUGUUUCCUGAUUAAUGUCAGGAUGACUUUA